AUGGCUGAUCAGCGCAUGUCAUCUGGCAGCAGCCUGGCCCAGAGCCUGACGUCAGAGGCGAGGCACAGGGCCAAAGCGAGCGCGGAUGACGGGGGGGGCGGGAUUAUGGCCAUGAUCCUGUGCGGCGCGGCGGCUGAUUGGUGGGUACAGCGCUGUGGGACACGGCGUGGCCCGAUCGGCGACACCGUGACUCGAGCGAACGGAUCCUUCUGCGCAAACAUCAUCACCACCCACCACCACCCGCCGCAGGCGCCGAUGGCAAGAGUUGAUUGCAAGCGCAUUGCAAGUGCAUAUUACGCGGGUUUGUUUGGGGAGGGGCUGGCUGUGGGCCGUUGGGGCGGCUGGGAGGUGCGGGCUGCCGCCGUGCAAGACCAGCGAGACCAGCGAGACCAGCGAGACCAGCGAGACGAACCGAUGUCGAACCCGAGAAGAGGGGGGCCAAGGACAGCCGAGGUCCGCUUGGCCGCUGGCGACAGCACGCCAAGCCUGGAUGGCGUUGCUGUGGAGGCCCUCUCGCCCACGCGGGAACCAGGCCCGGUGGGACAGCCAGGCGCAACGGCCAGGCGGAUGCGACUGAUGAUUUUGAUUAUUGCGACCGUCGCGGCUAUCGCGGCCAUUGCGAUUGCUGCCAGCAGAAUGGUGCAAAUGCGGUUGUCGCGAGAGGCCGUGCGACCGCCACGCCGUCCAAUGUACGCGAUCGGCUGGAUCUUGGGGUCUGCAGCCCGUGCAGAUGAUGCCGGCUGGUCGAUGCUGGCGAUGCUGGCUUGUGCAGAUGAUGCUGGCGAUGAUGCUGGCGAUGAUGCUGGCCGAUGUCGCCUGGAUACCCAGCCCGUGUCGGUGCUUGGCUGCGUCGGCGGGCAGCCGCUGGCAGCCGAUCGGCACAGGUCCCCCCGCGCCAUCGAUUUGCUGGUGGAGACGAGACAGGACCGCCGGUCCAAUUUGGGCAGUCGGUCAGUUGCCAUCGGCUGA